AAGCUAAUUAAAACUGUCUCUUUUCUUGAAUAAACUGAUGUCUAAUUAAACUUGAGCUACUGGUAUAUGUGACGGUACAUGAUCUUUUUUUCUAUGACUGUGUGCGUCUCAGAAAAUAAUUAUCGGUAAUUAUUUAACAGUAAAAAGAAAACGUGUAAAUGGUUUAAUUGUCCGCAAUUUUCAUUAUAAAGAGCGGCAACUUAGAUACUUUUACCCUCUUACUUCACAGGUUAAAACUGUCUUGAAUUAUAUUUUCACUAUGACUUUGAAAUAGUGAAAAUUUGAUUCGCGUAAAUAUUAUAUAUUGUUCUAGGUUCUGAAUCGCGGAAGAAACAUGACGCGGUAAAAACCUGAUAUACGGUAUAAACAUAGCUAUUAAUUUUUGUUUGACAAGUUGAUUCUCUUAAAUAACCUUGGUUGCUUAAGUCAAUAUCUGAACAUUUUAACUAUCUCGAUGAAAAAAACCCCGCAAAAUAACUAAGUCCAUUAUCAACAUAAUUCAACUGAUAUGGUGUCCAAUUUGUUCUUGUGCAUAGUUACGUCCCUUGCACUACUCAGGUAAAUAUCCGUCUUGAUACCGAAACAACAGGUGCAAUGACAAGUAAUCGAUUUUCAUGAAAAUAUCUAGCAUAGGACUACCGCAAUAGGUGGAUUUUGACAAACUUUUUUCUAUCAUUUAAAUACCCACAAAGGAAGGAUGAGAUCGUUUUUAUUGUUUUUGGCUGGUACUCUGAUUGCCACUUUACUGGCAGCAGAUGAUGGAUGUCCUGUAAACUGCAAAUGUAGCCAAGCCAACGUCAAGUGUCAAGGAUACAAUUCUAUGCCGCAGCAGUUUAGAAGUUUUUCAAUAAUCAAAGUUUUCGAUAUGUCCAACAACAAUCUUACCUCGUUAUCAAAAUCCGACUUGGAAAAAUAUGUGAACGUCGAACGAUUGCACUUGGACGGAAACUCCAUUGCCAACAUCAAAAAAGGGGCCUUUUCGUCACUUACUCGAUUAAAUGAGAUAAACAUUUCAACCAACAAAUUAGAAAGCAUAGAGGACGGUGUAUUUUGUAACAUGACCUCGUUAACUACCCUUAUUCUAAGCAAUAACCACAUCUCCAAUCUUUCAUUGGAUGUUUUUCAUAAUGUUCCUAACUUACAACGACUAGAUUUGUCCCUGAAUAGAAUCUACUCUUUUAGUUCCUGUUCUUUGAUACUUCCGAGUUUGCGCUAUCUGAAUCUGGACAAUAAUAGUCUGGCUAUGGUUCCAUCGCACAUUUUUAAUUGCACUCCACAUCUUCAAACGUUGCGAUUGAAUUUAAAUAGAAUACAACGCCUACAGAAAUACAGUUUUUCAAAUGUUCCCAACAUCUAUAGUGUUAGCUUGGACAAUAACCUAAUUCGGAUACUUGACAUCGAGACUUUCCAGGUUAAACACCAGGACCUUAACACUCUUCUGGAAUGUAAAAUCAAGGUAUUCUCUAUCGAAGGGAAUUUCCUAACUGAAGUCCCCAUGGCAUUGAAUGACCUCGUCUAUGUGGUUCAUCUCGACAUAAGCAACAACAAUAUACGAACUAUUAAAACACUGGCAUUUGACCGCCUUAAAUGUUUGCGUUAUCUUCGAAUAUCAGAAAUGCCACUUCUUAGUAAAGUAGGAGUAGAUGCAUUUGGAGGCCUGAAUCUCAGGGAUAUAUUUAUGACCAGAAACCCAAUGUUGAAAGAGCUGCCCGGAAAUCUCCUGCAAAACAUGGACGAGCUUCGCACUGUAGUGCUAAACAACAAUGGUCUGGUGACUCUCCCGAAAAGUUUGUGCAACUGGCAACAGAUAAUGGACGUCAUGCUAAAUGACAACAAUUUUAUCUGUUCCUGUAGCAACAGCUGGCUUCAGUCAUAUCGAGGCUGGGAUACCCCUCAAACUCAGCAACACGUCAAGAAAUUAAAAUGCCACAGACCAAAUAACCCCGAGGACUUUCUCAUCAAAGACUAUGAUUUUAGCCGCCACUACUGUAUGAAGUUUGGAUCGUCAGUGUCUGAUAAAUCACAAGUUCGGGUUGAGUUAAUAGCUGCCAUUAUAAUGCUUUUAACACUUUCAGUGAUUUUAUUUGUUUGUUACUGGAAGCAGUUGGUUUUCUGGUGCAGACAAUUUAAAUGCAAGCACCAUGUAGACUCCACAAUAACUAAAAAACCCAAAUACAGCCACCUAUCUAGAAAUGGUGAUCUUAAUUAAACACUUUCAACACAUGAGAUAAAACAUAUCUAUUGACGUAAUCGUUUUUAUUAAACUGAUUCAUCCAAACAAAUCAAUUGCCUUGUAAUGCGCAGACAAUGAUACAUACGAUUGUAUUAUGAUACAAUAUGAUGAGGAAUAUAUCGGGGAUAGUUUUUAAUUGUAUUCAACAAAACGAAAAUCGACAAAAAAAAUCACAUAUACAUCUUUGCUUGGAUUUUGUAUUUGUUUGUACUUUAAUAUGUUUUGUUGAUUAAGUUGAUUAUCACCAUUUGAUUGAAUGCGUUUUUAUGACCUCGACAUGUCAACAUUCCCUUUACUUACGUUUGCGUACUUGUACUUAUUACUGUUGUUAAUUUGAUAAAACACCUUUCUAUUGCGUUUUACCGUUUUUUUUCUUGUCUUUAGCAGCUGCUUCUUUCUAAAGAAUGUGACAAGUAAAGUUUUCUACACAAUCUAUCAUAUUCGAAAUCUAUAUUAUGUACAUAUAUGCAAAAUUAAAUCCACAAUAAAAAGGAAAUUAAAU